AUGGACCGUUCUCUUCCUCACACCAGAGGAGAAGGAGGCUCUGAGGCUCGACUUUGCGGCUGCGGUUAUAAAAUAUCGAGCACGGACUCACACCAGGUCUGCUCGUCCUGCCUUGGGCUGGAACAUGCCCGGAAGGCUAUCGACGCCCCGGGUUCGUGCGGACACUGUGCCCGCUUCACCAUCAAGAGCCUCCGCCGACGGCUAGCGCGCCAAGCUAGCCAAGCUAGCCUGUCGGGAGGAGAUCCUUUCAUGUCUGGCGAUGUGCCGGCAGGCAACCGAGACAUGAAGGUAGCCGCCGCGGAGGCUGAACCUUGCGCUGAGGCUAGCUGGGGCUCCCAGCUGGACCUCACCCUGGCUGCCAAGCCUGAUGCUGUGUCUGCUCCUCCGGGCGAAAGCAUGCCAGCUUCGCCCCGUCUCAGCAUGGACUUGAAAGCCGUGUGUCAACGCGCUGCGUCCAGGCUGGACAUCCCCUGGCCUGAAGUAGCAAAGGAGACCACCAGGUCUCGCUACGAGGGGAAGAAUUUGCCCCAGGCUGCGAGGAUGGCAAGACAGCUUCUCCCAGUUUUUCCGGAGCUGCUGGACGAGGUGUCUGUCUCGUGGAGAGACCACCCGUUCAGCAGUAAGUCCCUGAUCCAGGGAGCUUCCUCUUUGGAUUUCGAGGGCAUGGAGAAACUCGGCUUGCUUCGCAUGCCUCCUAUGGAGCCGCUUGUUGCAGCCCACCUCCAACCGCGGCUGUCUUCGGAGUCUAACAGGAACCCCACACUGCCGACAAAAGCAGAUCGUUUUCAGUCAGCAAUGACCGAACGGGCUUACAAAGCAGCAGCUUUAUCUGUCAGGGCGCUCAAUGUCUCAUCGAUGCUGACUGCUUACCAAGCAGAGCUGCGCGAAGACAUGACAAAUAAACCUGAGCCUGCUGUGUGGGAUGAAAUUACCGCCAUCACGGACAUUUGCCUCCGCGUGCAGCGCUGUGCGGUCCAAGCCACGGGUAAGUCGCUUGGGAUGAUGGUGGUGCAGGAGAGAGCCAGGUGGCUUAACCUGACGAACCUACCAGACCGGGAGAAAGAGGACGUUUUGGACAUGCCAAUUGUCCCCGAAGGCAUAUUCGGCACUGCUCUGGCUUCAAUGCAGCAGCGGUGUGAGGCCAAAAAGAGAGAAGACGAGGCUCUCCAGCUCUGUCUUCCCCGGAAGUCCAGCCGCCGCGCCUCCGACGGCCCCGCGACAGACCCUUGCUCAGGCUGCCUCGUGACCCUACCCAAUUUAAGAUCCCGAAACGGCCAAAAGCCACAUCCCGCCCUGGUUCAAAACCCCGCCCAGGCACGAGGCGAGGACGAACUGGCCAAAGGAAGUCCCCAGCCCCGACAGCAGGUGCACCGGCACAGCCGGCCCAGACUUUCGGUCAUCAAGCAAGGAAGAAGAGGAAAGCGGCCUGACAGCCUUCCCUCCUCUCCUCGGUGGAAGAGCUGGAAGUUCCCUGUUCUCCAGCUCCACCUGUUCUGUGCUGGACUGUGCUUCCGGAGGCCAUCUAUGCCCCCGACUCCCCGUCGCCUUAUCAUUGCAGUUGUAAAGAUGCCUCACCGCACAGCCCUCAGGGACAGCCAGGCUCUGUAUUUUUCCUCUCCUGACAUUUACUGUCUGGGCCAUCCUAUAUCAAAAUUAACCUUUUCCUCCCUUUUAACCACCAGGUUCCAUCGUGGAGACUACCAUAUCGACGUAUGCAUAAAUGACUACCUGGAUGUGUACUGCCCUCACUAUGAAGACUCGGUGCCUGAAGAGCGGACAGAGCGCUACGUCCUCUACAUGGUUAACUACGAUGGCUACAGCACAUGCGACCAUACCGCCAAGGGCUUCAAACGCUGGGAGUGCAACAGGCCGCACUCCCCCAACGGGCCGCUCAAGUUCUCAGAGAAGUUCCAGCUCUUCACUCCGUUCUCCUUGGGCUUUGAGUUCAGACCGGGCAGAGAAUACUACUACAUAUCCUCCACCAUUGCUGAGAACGGGAGGAAAACAUGCCUGAAGCUCAAAGUUUUCGUCCGACCAUCAAACAGCUGUGUGAAAACUAUAGGCGUACAUGACCGCGUUUUUGACGUAAACGACAAAGUAGACAAUACAUUAGAACCACGAGAUGAUACCAGCCAUGAACCGGCUGAGCCUUCCAAAAGUGACGAAACGAAUGCUGCAACGCACCUGCAGAAAACAAGUCCAGCCCUGGCUUGGUUGCUGGUCUGCCUAUCAGCACUCUUCACUUUAUAGCGCUCCCCUCUGUCCCCGGAGGGCAUUUACACCUAGCGUGGCCUGAAUCUGCCCGAGGCUGCAGGGAAGGGGCGGGAUUUGGGUGGAGUGUGUUUGCUUGAUUGGGCAUCAGAGCAGGCUUCUCAAAGAACCCUCUAUUUUUUUUCAGAAAUAUAUUUAAGUGGUCUUUCUCCGUCUGUGAGUGAAGAAAAGUUGAUUUUGGAAGUGGGAGAGACAGUUCCCCUCUCAAACCUUCAACUGAGAUGCCAAAUCCCUUUUUUGACACUUAGUGAUUCUUAUUUUCCAGUGACGUUUGACAUCCCUUUACAUCAUGUUUAUGUCAUUGCAGCACUGAUGUUUAGCCACACACACAUAAACAGCACAUACACAGAAACAUGUUUCGAGAGUCAAAAACAAACUACACAACUACACUAACAAUCAAUAGAAGUAGAGUUUACAGUAAACAGUAGCAGCAGUACACAGUAGGGAUGUAGAGCAUCUAGGUUUUAGAAAGAACUGUACAUACACAAAAUAAAUUGUCCCGAGACCUCUGAAAAGCCUUUCAGAAAAUAGUUAUUUGGAUUCAUAUGAAGCCGAUUUUGGCUCCUCCAUUUUACAAUGAAGUAAAGUACAAAGCUGAAAGAUGAAGAUAUUGGAAAAGAGGAGCAAUGAUUUUAAGCCAAUGUCAGAUCUGAAACCACAGCACUGAGCACUGACAUACAUGGCAUGCACCUUAGCCUGCCAAUCUUCAGACUGUCCCGGAUUGAAGUUGAGCCCAAUUCUCUUAGGAAUACAAAGUGUGUGUGUAAAGGUGGAUAAGCUGCUUAGAGCAAGAGUGUAAAACCUUUUGAAACAAGAGGCAUUCUUUCCUCAUCCCUCUUUGUGUAGAGUAUGCCAGUCCGCUCAAUAAAACACCUCUGGUUCAACACAACUCACAAAACAGCUAAAUUGAAACUUUCUCACCAGACACUUUGUAGACUGCUAUCAUGCUCGAGGAUCAAUAUCUUUUGAAAGUUGAUCACACAAUUUCACGGCCACAGUCACAGUCAUUGUAUGCAAUGUUUACUGAGCAGGACUGCAAUUGUUCUCUCCGUUCCAUUUGAGUAUUAAUCAAUACUAACACUCCCAUAAACAUUUGCAUUUACACCUUUUUUUUAUCGGAUAUUGAUUGUUUAAGUGAUUGUUUAGAAAAUGAUUCACAGCUAAAUUGGAGACUUUCAAACUAUUAAAUUAUUUUUGCCAAUGGUGUCUUCAAACAUUAUAUUCAGUGAGACACUGUAAACUUUUUAAUGUAUUUUUGUACUGUCUGACAGCCCCCUCAAUUAGAAAAACAUGUCAUGGGAAACAUUUUUAAAAAUACAUUUAAAUUCACAGUACCAUAGCUUUUUCACUGUCACUUAAACCACAGCUUUGACUCGUUCUUAUUAAAUGUUAGUUAGUUCACAUUUAGUUUAUUGCAGUAUUUAGACCAGCUUUUACAGGCCUGAUGCAUAGCUCAUUAGUUGAAAACACGUAGCGUUAAUAGAAAAACGUUCCAUUUAAUUCAAAGCAAUGCCAGCUCUUUUUUUAGACCGGUCAGGUUUAUGUUAGCACUUACAUAAAAAAAAAAGUCUGUGUAGUAAUGACAUUCAGCAUCCUUCAGCUCCCACAGAUACACAUGGUAUGCAAGCAUAAUGAAAGCUAUCGUCUUUUCUUUUAAAGGAAUGGACCGUGUUUCUUUGUUUUCAAGAAAUGUGGGAGGAUAGAGAAACUAAUUCCUUUCUUUUGGAGACAAGUUUUAGUUUGAGAAUAGGGCACCAGUUGGUUAUGAAAGAUAGAUAGAGAGAAAUAGGGCAAGAAAAGGAGCAAUUGCAUGUCCACCUUCAGCUCCUAAUGUUACAGGUUUAAGUGACUCUUUAAUGAGGUUCAAAAUGACAGGCAUGUGGACCCCAUGUUGUGGCAAGGGGAGUUAUUCCUGGUAUUAAAAAUAGAUGGUGGAAGGCUUGGGGGGUCUCAGGAGGGGGGUGUAGAUUUCCAUCGUGGGGGGUUUGAAAGCACCAAUGACCUUGCAGUUGAGAGAAUUGGUUAGUUAAGGAAACAGAGAGACAAACGCACAGGGAGUCAGAAAGACAUGGGAGAGAGCCGAAGGCGGUGUGACUACAGUGCCUAAACAAACACGACAAGACAAAACAACUUAAAUUCCAUGCAACACUACUGAAAAAACACCUGACUCAAUGACAAACUUAUUGUUUAGUAUCACGCUGUCUCAGAAGGCAUGCACUGUUAUGUUUUUGCUUUAUUUUCCAUUUUUGUAGCAGCCUUUUUUCAUAAAUAUUUUCCUGAAAGACUGCCUUUGCCUUUUACCUUUUGUUUUUACGCUAUGGUAACAAUGCUAUUACAGCAGAAUAGCAGCUCAGCUAUGGGGGGUAAUAGGAGAGGAGGCCAUUUAAUGAGGUACUAAUUUUCAGGAGAACACCACAGGGAAUGAGCACCGCAUAAGAUACAAAAUGGACGCUUGUCAGCAGAUUAACACUAGACUUUUAUCAGAAACCAGCUUCAAUUGUACUCUCUUAUAGUUACCGAUACUACUAUUUGUCAUUAUUGCUAUUAUUACCAUGGUUUAUUCUGUACACACCUUAACCUGGGAAAUGAGGAUCAACUUAUAAACUGGAUACUGUGUAUCCUGAGGUAGUCAACCAUAAAACAAGUAGUGUUAGGUUAGUAUCUGUUUUGUACCUUUCUGGAGGACAAAAAAAUUAGAUCAUUGUUAAACUGUAUAAUUAUUAUUAUUGUUAUGAUGAUGAUUAUGACUAUUAUUAUUAGGAAAACUUGAUGUAAAUAGUGUUUGAUAUUAAAGUAUUAAUUUGGUUCUUAUGUCUUUUCUAAAAAAUGAAUACGGUAUUAUCUCUGGGUUUUGCGGAGUGUAUACUGUACUCAAACAAUGCAUUGUGUGCUUUGACCCUCAAUGCCUAAUGAAACUUUGAGCUAAUAUGAAGUGGAAACCUGUGGGAGCUGUACACCAUGUACAAAAGGCUGGCUCACCUGUUACAUGUUUCAAACCAGUCACCAACCUUCACAUCUCUUCAUAAGGAUCCUGCCUUGGAAAGACACACUUUGGACUUAACGGACGGUUUAUUUGUACUUUUUUGCCUUCAGUGUUUGAAAGCAUGUUAGUCAGCUUAAAGAUCUGCCAAGAGUGGACUGUCUGCUUUUUAUUGGAAGGAUCUCACCAGUUUCAUUAUGUGGCAUGCGCAUGAACUUGAUGACAUAAAAAAAAAAAAAUAUCAAAAAAGUUUUUUAAAGAAAGUAUUAUUUUGCUCUUGUUUUCCUUUUUCUUUAAGACGUGUUAGAUUUUUGGAUCACUUUCAUGUUGUGUGUUUUUGCAUCCCCAUUUGAGUGAUGUCAUUUAAACUGUGUAGUGACAGAUGACAAAUGUACAUAACACAAACCAUUGUUGUGAAGUUACAGUAGGGAACAGUCAUUUUGUAGUUCAAAAGCAACUUUUUCAUUUAUCCUAAGGCUGACUCUCUCCAUACCCAUCUAUUGAAUUCAUCCCAUGUAGUUGCAGUCUGUCUCUCCUGACUAUUCAUCUUAUUUCUACUCUCCCAAGAGGAGGCGUUCUGGGAGUGUAUACAUCAAUGUGUGGACGUUUUUCAGUGUGAAAAAAAUGUGUGAGACAUUUCAGUUUGUGUGUGUGCGUGUCUCAUUUGCUGUUGCCGCAGUGAAUGGGAAGCGGCAACCCUCUUUGGCAACGAAGAGUGUUUCCCAUGCCUUAGCCCUCCAGCCUCUGCCCUGGCAGUCUCGUCUGUGUACAGACGCUUUCUGCCAUUGUGCUUUUACACAGGACGGCUGCUGGCAUCCAAGAGACUACAACAGGGCCCUUCACUUUCUCUCCCUUUCUAACAACCCUGAAUCACUCCUCCCUACAGUAGACGUUAGUCCUGGGCACAGUUCAAGGAUUAGUUCACCCCCUGCACCAAAUCCUUAACUGGAUUGUUAGCGGGGUAAUGCCUAUCAUCGAUCCAGGUUCUGUGCCUGCAGGGCAAAGCCUCUCUUUUCAUCAGCUCCCUUUUUGCCAAUGAGCUCUUGUUCAUUUUGUGCGCCUGUCCUGUCCCAUUCUUGUGCUUGUAUGAACCCCACCACACCACCUUCUCCUGCUCCCUCACCUUUAAACCUCGCUUCCACUUUGCCAUCAGUGGGGAAUAUUUCCAAUCUGCUCUUUUACAGUAUAUAGACAACAACGAAAAAUUUGACAAAAAAUUAUCUGUAUUUGUAUAUACACGUGUCUGAGCAACUAUGAGUAAUACAAUAAAACAGAAAUACAUUGCUUUGAUCAUUGUGUUACUCUUUUUUGUCUUUUUGAACCUUUAACAGAGAAAUGAAAGUAGAAUAUUUUACUGUGAUGGUUGUCGUAGCCCUGUAAUCAACAAUAACUGUUAAAUCUGCCACUGCAUAUGGCACAUGGUGGUCAUAUGCAUUAUGCAUUGGUGCC